CCCGCAGUCUCUUUGGAAACUUCUGCCGGGGUAAAAAAAAAAGAGCUAGGGAAAAGCUGCAAAGCUGUGUGGGCUUUUCCCUUUUUGGCUCCUUCUCAUUUUCCCCUCCUGGGUCUGCACCCUUCUCCGGACUUCACAGAGAACCUGCGAAUUUCGAAGAGGUGGUAGCAGAGUGGGAGAAGGGAGGUCUUAGAGUGUGGGUCUGGUGUGGUUUAGAGGUUUGCUAUGUUUUUUGGGUUUUUUUAAUUUCUUGAUUUCAACAUUUUUUUUUCCACCUUCUUGGCUACUGCCAACGCUUUUUACCUAUUCCGCGGAAGCCGCGCGCAGCUGAGGGUUAGAGAGGAGUGGGGUACGUUUUAGAUUUCAAGCAAAAAAAAAAAAAAAAUUGAAGACAAAUCCAUUUUUCUCCCCCCUCCCAUCCUUUUUCCAUAGCCUCAGAGAUCAUUUCUGUUGCUUUGGGGCGAGCAAUUUUGUAAGACUUUUCCCCUCUGCAAUUCUGACCAGAUCUGGUCUGGGGUUUUCUGGGGUCUCGGCUCACUCUGCGUGCACCUGGCGCGCCUCUUUUUUUUUUACCCCCCAACCUGUUGCAAGUCUUUAAUCCUUGCAAUUGGGACUUGCUUGCAGCUUCCUGAAUCCUCCUCUCCCUACAUUUUGCAAGUGACUGGGGGAGGGCACCUGCUCUACCUGCCAGAGAUCUAAAAAAAAAAAAAAAAUCUCCAGGCGCCCUCUUGGCCCCUUUCUUCACGCACUCUCGCUCUUCUGCCCCGCCCCGAGGUAAAGAGAGACUCAGAGAAGAUGGUGCUCACCACGGUCCUCCUGCUGCUGGCUGCCUAUGCGGGGCCGGCUCAAGGCCUGGGCUCUUUCGUGCACUGCGAGCCCUGCGACGAGAAAGCUCUGUCCAUGUGUCCCCCCAGCCCCCUGGGCUGCGAGCUGGUCAAGGAGCCCGGCUGCGGCUGCUGUAUGACUUGCGCCCUGGCGGAGGGGCAGUCCUGCGGUGUCUACACUGAGCGCUGCGCCCAGGGUUUGCGCUGCCUCCCGCGGCAGGAGGAGGAGAAGCCACUGCACGCCCUGCUGCAUGGCCGAGGGGUUUGCCUCAACGAAAAGAGCUACCGCGAGCAAGCCAAGAUUGAGAGAGACUCUCGUGAACAUGAGGAGCCUACCACUUCUGAGAUGGCUGAAGAGACCUACUCCCCGAAGAUCUUCCGGCCCAAGCACACCCGAAUCUCCGAGCUGAAGGCCGAGGCUGUGAAGAAGGACCGCAGGAAGAAGUUGACCCAGUCUAAGUUUGUGGGGGGUGCUGAGAACACUGCCCACCCCCGAGUCAUCCCUGCACCUGAGAUGAGGCAGGAAUCUGAGCAGGGCCCCUGCCGCAGACACAUGGAGGCUUCCCUGCAGGAGCUUAAAGCCAGCCCUCGUAUGGUACCCCGUGCCGUGUACCUACCCAACUGUGACCGCAAAGGAUUCUACAAGAGAAAGCAGUGCAAGCCUUCCCGUGGCCGCAAACGUGGCAUCUGCUGGUGUGUGGACAAGUAUGGGAUGAAGCUUCCCGGCAUGGAGUACGUCGACGGGGACUUUCAGUGCCACACCUUCGACAGCAGCAACGUUGAGUGAUGUAUCCCCUCCCGUCCUCCCCCUCUUCCACCCCCAGCCCCGACUCCAGCCAGCGCCUCCCUCCACCCCAGGACACCACUCAUUUCAUCUCAUUUAGGGGAAAUAUAUAUGCCCAUAUAUAUUUGAGGAAACUGAGGACCUCGGAAUCUCUAGCAAGGGCUCAACUUUGAAAAUGGCAGCAACAGAGAUGCAAGAAGAUAAGGAGACAUUCCCCCACCCCAAAAUGGUAUUCUUUUUGAAGCAAGUUGAAUGAACAGAGAAGGAAAGAGAGAAAGAGUGAGAGGGAGGGAGAGAUGGAAAGAAAGAAUUGGUGUAGAAAAGAAAUGACAGCAUUAGGAAAAGAAAGAGAAACAGCAGGAAGCAAAGGGCACCUCAGCCAGGACUGGAUCUGUCCUUCUCUUCCAGCCCUGACUUAGGGUCGGGGAGAGGUUGGGGCACUCAAAAGUGUGACUUGAGUUGUGUCAUUCAAUGACACCCUUGAAAUGUACCCAGUUUGGAUCUGUCAGGGGGAGAAAAGAAACAACAAAACGUGUCAGUGCCUGUCUCUCAGGACUGUCGCUUCCUCCCUCCAGCCAGCAGCACAGAGGUGGCUGAAUCCUUGCCCUUCCUCUCCUCAUACCCAAGUGGAGGGUUGUCUCAUCCCCAAAUUUAUAAAGACUAAAAUGCAUUCCAUCCCUCUGAAAACAAAGGAAAUUUGUAAUUGAAUGGUUUUAGAUAGGUUUUUCCUAAGCAGAUGGUGAACUCCUUUACUGUAAACAAAUUUCACUCUUGAUAGAUUUUCAGAAGUCAGCACCCACCUCCAUAUUGGAAAGACACGAUUUUCCAGGAUGACAGCAAACAUUCAGAAGCAUGUGGCUUCAGUCCCUCAUUUCACUCAACUCACAGCUGGCCCAGCAGCCUCUGUGGAGGAGGACAGGCUGAGAAAAUGAGGGGCUUGUAUUUACCUACAAGGCUCCAUGUAGACUUAUAUAGGCAUAUAAAUCUAUUUCUUUUUUUUAUUUUCUCUUCUUUCCUUACAAAGGUUUGCAUUACCUCUUCAAAGUAGUUCCUUUGGGGCACUGAGGAGCUUUCUCAUUCUGGGAAAUCCAGGAACAUCCAUAUUCAACUAAUACAACCCAGAACACCACCCUUGCCUGCCCCUGGGCAGCAUUUCCCACGAGCCACAUACUUGGCCCUUUUGUGGGGCAUAGUGUUGGAUCUUCUCAUGAUUCCCCCACCUGGGUUUAAACAUACCCACCAAGCCAGGUAGCUGCCAGCACCAGAUGGUGCAUGAACUAAGCAGCCCAGGUUAUCCCACUUCAGCCUUCCAACCCCCAGGAAGUAACUAUCUCACACCACACCACAUGAGCCCACUACAUCCAACUUUAACCCACUAUCCUGUCCCAGUCUUUCUUUCUAUCUGGGCAGACCUGCAUUUUGAAAGUCUCCCUCAGAUGUCAGGUUGACAGAGAAAGAGAGAAACCGACAUGAGAGAUGGUGAAGGGCCAGGUGACGGGGGAGAAGUCUCCACAAAGGAAGUAGUAAACGGAGCAGGACCAGGAGGAUAGAGGAACAGAAAAGACACAGAAAGAGGGGAACUCCAAUAGAUCUUUCCUUGGCUUCUCCAGCUGAUAAGCCCUCUAGAAUUCUAGGGGGAAAUGGGAGAACAGGGUCUGAGGUAGAAAUGAGCUCAAUCCAGGUCAUAGAGCCAGGACAGUGGGUAAUUUAGGUGGGUUCUAGACAUGAGAACUAAGCAUUUAAAGGACUAGAGGCUGGGCUCAGACAUCCCACCUUCAGCCCAUCCUGAGGGACUGAGGCCAAAGAAGCUUUCAAGCUCGUCAUCCAUUCUGGCCAGUGCAUGCUUCCUCCCUGGGGUGGAAGAUAGUGGAAGGCCCAGGAUGACCCAGGCAUGGAUCUUCAAGGCUGCUGUCAUUUUUGGCAGCCAGAUUCUGGUCCAAGAAAAACCCCAUUGUCCACUGGCUUCUUCAACAAAUGGAUGGCCUCGGGACUGUCCUAGAAGACUGAAGACAGCCUGCCAGGAGAUAGGGCUCAGACAUUGUUAAAGGAGGCCCUUUCUUGCCAUGGACACAGCUCUCUGCUCUUUCUUGAUGGCAUGGUACAGUAAACAUCCCCUCCAACACCAAACUUGGGGCAACAAGAAGGGACUGCAAAGAAGCAAACACAUUUCAACUCAUGGGAAACUGAUGGCUAUGGAGCUUGGGGAAUGUCUCUUAUUCCCUGGACAGGACAGUUGGCUGGGGAUGGAAGAGGUGGUUGAUCUUCUUAAGACAAAGGGCCUGAUGGGGAUGGCAGCAUGAGGACUUACCGGACCUGUGGGGUCAGUGCACCCAUCUCCCUGCACAGUGUCCCUGGCCCCCCAACUCACACUUCUCCAUGCCUUAGGCCAGUAUCCUAAAUCUUUUCCAUGACACGCUUCUUUCUGCCAUUCUUUCUUUGGAUCUUGAGCAGUCAUCUACUAGGAUUUGCCAAGUGGAUACCGGGGUACCGUUGCCCCUAAGAAAAGACUGAGCCGGAACUGCUUACUCCCACCACCCCUCCCAGGCUUCAACCUGAUUUCUGAGAAGGGUGUUCUCUUCACCCCACAAUUUCCUGGACAUUGAAUGAGCCUCUACCCCUUGCAUGGGCUCUUUGUUGUGAGCCACAGAUAGGGGACAUUGGACAGACACUUUGGCCUUCCCAAGUUUAGCCUACUAACCCAAACUUGUGAGUGUCUCCAUUACUUAUAGAGAAAGGUUUGUCGAGGCAGCUGCCCUUUCCCUAGAGGAAGCUGGACCUUCACAGACAGCUUUCAAAUGAGAGGUCUGGCUGAGCCCUGGGUGUGAAGACCGCAGAAGAGAGUCACUGAGAGAAGAGGAAUGGUCCUCCCCUUGGCACAGGGAGAGAAGGCAGGCUUGCAGUGGUCCCAGCAUGCCCUGAGCAGGGAGUUUCUUGGCUUCUGGUUGGUCUUUGUUCCCUUACAGGCCUCUGUUUGGGGUUUAUCUAUGGCCAUAGGUCUAAGUGUUGCCUGUCCCCAACCCCACUCUCUCAUGAAAGGCUUCUUCCCAUCCCCUUGUGACUGAUGCCUCACUCAAGCAGUGGAAAAGAUACCUCUCUUCCCCCACUCACUACUGCCUGGUGACUGAAGGAGGCCUAGCCAGGACCCAUUCUCCAUCUCCAGCCAGUCCCAACCCACCAGGAUAAAGCGGGACACCUGGGAAGGAGAAGACUCCAUGUUUCUCUGACAGCCAGGCCUAGACAGACAGGCUUGGAAACACCUGCCCCACAUCGGGGAUGAGAGGAGACCCAGGGGGCUGUCUGUGGUCACUCCUCUUCUCCCUAGAGACCCUCUUCCCACUACCACCUGUCUCCAUGGUAACGUACUCACCAUCCUCCCACAGCCCAGCGCCUUAGCAGAUUAGUUUGAGACAGGGCAGCAGUCCUUCCACUCACUGACUCGGACCCUAAGAGAGCUUUGGGUGGAGAACCGGAACUUCAGAGAAGAGUGGGCAAAGGACAAAGACCCUCCAGCCUCCGAAAGGAAUCUUUUGGCUUCCAAGAAAAAGGCGGCUAGGUUUUGAAAGGUUGUAGAAGGGAAGGAGGUUUUACCAACCGGCAGCCUGGGGGUUGUACUGUCUUUAUUUUAAAACCACUAAAGUGCAAGAAUUAUUUUGCACUGUUUCUUCAUCUUUUAGGUUUUUCUUUUUUAAAACAUGCUUUCUUGGUUUUCUAAUGGAGUAUACAGUUUAGCCAUUUCACAGACGCUGGCCUCCUCUUUAAGUCUUCUGGAUGGGGGAAGGAAGGUGAAGGGUCAAGGGGGAUGGGGCCCCUAGCCAACCUCUAUCCAGUCACCCCAACUUCUCUGAUCCCAGCCUCAGCCCCAUCUCUCCCACCGUCUCGGUCACCGUCACACAGUAGCCUGUCACAUGGAUAGCACAGUGGUCAGACAAGAUUCCUUCAGAUUCCGAGAUGCCUACCGGUUGUUUUUUGUUUUUUGUUUCUGUUUUUGUUUUUUUAAGACAGCAAUAACCACAGCACAUUACUGUAGCUCUUUAUAGUGUUACAUACAGACACCAUAGCUCUGUUCUCUCUUCUUUUUUGUUUUCAAAAAAAUGAAAUGCUCAUACUUUUUACUGGUGAAACAGAUGAAAAAAAAAUAAUAACCAACAAACAAAACCAGUUUGUGAGAAACAAAACAAGCAAACAAAAAAAUAACGCGGGGGGGAAAAUCACCCAAAUGCGGAAGAGCUCAGCUCCUGUUUAGCAUUUUGUACUUAAGGAAAUAAAAAAGAAAAACCCAGAGGAUCUCACAUUUUAUUAAAAGUGAAGAUUGCUGUAUACUAUUUAUUCAACUUAUAAUUUAUGUUACUCCUUGAUCUUUGUCUUUUGUCAUGACAAAGCAUUUAUUUAAUAAAGUUAUGCAUUCAGUUA